UAUUGCUUAGCUAUUGAACCCAUAGCUUAUCUAGUUUUUUGUUUAAUAAAAAUAAGUCAAUCGUCAAAGUAUCUGUGCUCUCAACCAUGUCGAUGGUGUCCAACUAUAGACGAUUUAUUAUAUUAUUGUGCGGUCUCAUCGAGAAUUUGAUAUUCUCGGGAACGGUAUUUGGUUGGCCGGCCCUCUUCUAUAUGCUUAAGAGUGAAGGCAUUUACGAGCACUGGUGUCUCAAUGUUGACAGUGAUAGUCACCAUCAGGUGUCUAAUAAAAGACAUUUGUUGGAUAAUUUGACGACACUUUUGUAUGACGACACUAUCAAUGAUAUCGAUUCAAACAUAUCUGAAAUAACAAAACUGGCGAACAAUUUGGAGGACUUUUGGUCGCCAAAUGAAACCAUUUAUAAGACUAAUGAUAUUCAGAUAAUACAAGACUGUACGGCACAGGAAAACAUCCUAAACCUGGCCUAUACUAUAGGAAUAUUCUCUAUGGGUUUUACAUCGUUUAUAUGGGGAUUCCUACUCGAGACAUGGGGUCUGAGGAUAGUUAGACUAUUAUUAAACGCACUUAUUACUUGUGGAUGUAUUUUACUAUGUUUAACGAGCAAAGAGCGAUCAUACCUAAUAGUGCCGGCCAUCAUAUUGUUAGGUUUGGCUGGAGUUCCUCUACGUAUAGCAAACAUGCAAAUCGCUGACUAUUUUCCAUCCAAGAGGUCGACUGUUAUAACCUUCUUCAGUGGUGCAUUCAGUGCGUCUCCCAUUGUAUUUGUUUUACUCAAAUACAUCUACGACUCGGGCGUCUCCUUCUUCACUGUGAUAUUGAUUUUAGUUAUUUUAAGUCUAUUUAUGAUUCCCUUUACGUUAUGGCUAUUGCCCGCCAAAAGUGUCAAAAGUGACGAUAAAAUUAAGCCCAAUAUUGAACUCAAUUCAUACAACCAGUCAUUAGAAAAGGAAAACUUAGCCAAACUGUCCAAAGAGACUAACGGUGCCAAUGGUGUGACUAAUGGCAAACAUUCGACUAAUGGAAACAAAGAUGAAGAAGAAGAGGUAUUUAUCAAAUCAAAUGAUAGGCCUCUAAAAGACACAGAGGAUACCAGUGCUGAUGUGCCGUUAGGUGUUUCCUUGUGGUCACUAUCCUUCACUUUUCAUCAAUUGUGGUUUUCUUGGCUCAACACUUAUAUGGUAUUAUAUUCGGGAUCAAUGAACUUAUGGUUAGAUAGAGUGACCUCAGACACGGCAAUUGCCGGUGGUUUUACCGAGACGUUCGGUAUCGUGCAAACCAGCGCUCUGGUCAUCGCACCGAUUGCUGGCCUCUUUAUGGAUCGCAACAUCAAUCGAGCAAACAAAGAGUCGGAUCCGUUUCGCCGCAAACUGAGUCGCGCACAAUCGGGUUUCAUACCAAUACUGGUCACCUCUAUUAUGUUGACCUUAUCAGUGAUCUGUCGAUUCUUCAAUACUUCCAGUGCUGUCUAUAGUUCUAUUGUUUUUAUAACUUUGUUGCGAUCAUUCCUCGUGGCCGUCGCCUCGGCUUACAUUAGGAUCAGAUUCAAUGCAAAUCAUUUUAAUCGAUUGAAUGGCAUAAUGUGUACAACGAGUGCCAUCUUCUCAUUACUACAGUUCCCACUCUUCAUAUGGGAAUCGCAUUCACAUCAACACGCCUUUUGGGUCAACAUGUUUUGUGUGAUAUCCACAAUAAUCUCAUUCACAAAUCCAUUGUAUCUCAUCAUAACUCCGCUCCAGAAGUUUCUAUUGAGAAAAGAAGUAGAAUUGGAGGGCAAGUCUAGAGCUCAGACAACAUGUUAAGGACAUUACCAUCAGAUGAUGGCAUCGAUAUAUCAUUGAUAAUCACUAAUAUAUAAAUAUAUUAUUCAUUU